UAAUACAGUUAGACCAUUGGGUCAGAUGCAUGAAAAGUAGCAUGCUGGCAUGCAAUUGCUUCAAGCACAAGCAAUAGCAAGCCAAGCAAAAUAUAAUGCUAUACCGAUUGACUUAUUUUAUAUGCAUAACCCUUUGCUAGUGCUUAAACCAUUUUCUUGCAAACGCUCAAGCUGCUCUGACGGAGCUUAAAAAAAACACAAGCUAGUGCUUUCAGAACGCACAAACGAAAUGGUCGCUUUAUACAUACGCUUUGAAAUGCUGGCAGUCAGUUAGCGAUCAUUGCUUGAACAUGGUAGCAAAAGUAUUUACUCGCUCAUUUUUAUGCAAACUUAAUCAAGCAAAACCAAGCAAAAGCCCCGAAAAAGCAAUUGCUAUUUUUUACGCAUCUGAUCCAACAUUUCUCCUUAUUUUAUCCCCCGUUUGUUUUGGCCAGCAGAUGGGGGGGGGGGGGGACGUUCCCUUCUGCCCCCACGAAUAUAGUUACGCCGCUGUUUAUCGGACAGUAAUCAUUCGCCGCUGGUGGAAAAGCAGCGCCAGUGUCUUGCUUCAGCUCUGCAGGCGAGAAAAUAAUGUUUUUUUUUUCAAAAUGAAUGUUGUGUAGUCUCAUCUUUUUCGUUCAUGUUGUAACGAACCAUACUCUGCAAGAGCGCGGGCGGCACACAUUUGCGGGGAAUUCCACGUGGUAUUUCCCGUGUCUCAAAAUAGAUGUGCAUGUCUCAUUUCUCAAUCACAUCCGUUGCCCGUUUAGUUCAUUCGGCAACAUCGAAAUCGAAUUGUUCUGCGCUCGUAAUAUUUUCACGCAGAUAACUGAAAACAUUCAAUUUAUUGAGAAAUGGAGUUAUAUUUUGAUUUCUUUUACUAUUCGUCGUGAAGCGAACUUUUACGAAGUCUAUACUGUUAUGCCGCAGGACGAUUGACCAAAGAUUUUUUUUUAUUGUUGUCGAUGUCAAGUUGGGGAAUCUAAUGCAGCUUCUCUCAAGGUGUUGAGCAGAGUAAAGGUGGUCUGAUGGUUGUUGAAGAUGUGGAACGAUGAACAGCUCCACUACGGCAACGAUAGAUAUUCUGAGCUUGGUCCUAAUCUAAGGAAUGACAGCGGGAGAGGUGGACGUAGAGGUGGACUCAGACGACAAGGACGGGGAGCACUAACGGGUAUAGAUGGUGGCAGACUAGACAGAAGAGACGACAGUCAUGAUAGAAUGAAUCGUAGAAGAUCGCGCACAAGGGACGGAUCCCGAGACAGGGUAGUCGCCGAAAAUCCCGAGAGAUUCAGGGGAGAUCACUUUCCAAGAGGUAGAAGAGAUGGAGAAAGGGGAAGAGGUGAAGGGCAGGGUAGGCCUCCUGUAAGAGAACGAGACACGAGAGGCGAUGAUGACAAAAGAGGCCCAUUCCGCCAGCGUCACGGUGACAGACAACAUGAUGGACAACGAGGAACUUCUGCAAGAGGUCGGGGUCAAAGAGGAGGCCAUGUGGAUAACGCAUCUAGAUCUACAAGACAUGGUUACCGGACAGAUGAAAAUACUAGACGCGGACAGUCCCAGGGUAGAUUCUCCAAGAACCAAGGCAACUUCAGACCUCUUAGUUCUAGACUUCUAAUGGAAAUUCUCGAGAAAGACCCUUCAGAGGCUGCUACUGAGCUCGGGUCCCUUAAAGGAAACCUUCAAGCUGGUCUAAAUGAUGACUCGAUAGAUGAAAUACGUCAACACCUCUUUUGGAAGGCUCUUGCAUUCAUUUGUGGAGCUCUAGGUGUGGACCAAACAGUGACCAUGCUCCUCACAAUGACACUUGACUCGAAGCUAUGUGGUCAGCAUUUACGCACGUUUAUGACUAAGCUUAGGCGUCAUGGAGAGCAAAUCGGAGAAAGACGAUCGACAAUGUUGAAGAAUGUUUUCACUGUCUUUCUUUCAGCGAUGCAAAGUUUGCCGAGCCGUGCGUCUGAUCUCAAAGUCGCUGUCACACUAAUUUCCGACGCUGUAUCAGAAAUGGAUGAAGAUGAAAGACGGAAUGAGCUUAUGAAGUCAAUAAAGAUGUUGAGCAGUCACAUUGAGGAUAUUGAAAAGGAGAGAGAGAAAAGGCGACAGAUGGACCGAAUUUCAAAGAACCCACCCCCUGACGAUUUUCGCCAGCAAAACAUUCUUCCUACCGUCAAGGAAUUGCAACCUGGAUAUCAACCAUUUCUUCGUCCUCACCUAACAAGAGGAGUGUAUGCCGAUGUAGACCACUACCUGGACGUUCAAUUCAGACUCCUAAAGGAAGACUUCAUUUACCCUCUCCGCAAUGGGAUAUCUGAGUACCUAACUUUCAAGAAAGCUAAUCCUGAUAGGAGGGCCAAACUUCAGGAUGUGCGCAUCUAUGAGGAAGCUCGGUUUGAUAAAUCCGUCCGCGACUUCUCGGGAAUAUCCCACUACAUGGCUUUCAAGAAGUUGCCCAGAGUCCGAUGGAACUCGACAAAGCGGCUCAUGUACGGAUCACUGCUUAUCCUCUCAACAGAUGAUUUCAAGUCGUACCUUUUCGCUACAGUCGCCAAAAGGGAUGUUGAAGAUCUAGAGAAAGGAUUGGUAGCAGUAACACUGGUCGACCAAGAAGAUGCAUCUUGUCUCCAAAAUAAGACUUUUGUAAUGGCAGAAUCAUCCGUCUUCUUUGAAGCAUAUCGUCCAGUUCUCCUAGGACUCCAGCGUAUGUCUAGACAUUCCUUGCCAUUUUCAAGAUAUACUUUGAGUAUGUUAAGUGAUAUAAAGCCACCUGACUACCUAAUGGAAUGCAUAAUUACUGAAGAUGGCGACAUGAUACAAGAGCAAAGAAGCAUCGAUAUCUCGCCAUUGCUGAAACGUACGCAACGGCGCUGUCAAAAAGUUGACGUUCUUUGUGAUGGUGCUUGGCCUGAUUUGUACGACGUAGAGCUUGAUCAUUCACAAUACGAAGCAGCAAAGGCGGCUCUCACUAAAGAACUGUCUAUCAUACAGGGUCCUCCAGGUACUGGCAAGACCUACAUUGGACUUAAGAUUGUGGAAACCCUUCUACGUAACAAAAACAUCUGGUCAAGUGACGAAGAGCCUGGCCAAAUUUUGCUCGUUUGCUACACCAAUCAUGCUCUCGAUCAAUUUCUGGAAGGCAUCUUAAAAUUCCAUCACGAUGGCAUCGUGAGAGUUGGGAGUCGAAGCAAGAGUGAGCAGUUACAAGCCUUCAAUCUGAAUCGUUUGGUUGGUCGGAGAGUACGGAAUGAUGAAGAGUACGUUCAACGAAGGGUUCGUCAUGUAAAGAAAGAAGUUGACGCUGCAAAGAGACGUGUGGAGAGAACGCAAGCUAGGAUAGAGGGUUCAAGACAUGGGAUCAUCAACGAGUACGAACUAGGUCCGUUCAUGUCAUGGAAGCUUUACGAUAGCCUCCUGCGGCUUUCUCAUAUGAAACAUUCAAACUCCUGGAUGGUAGAGUGGCUACUAUGUGAAUGUCACAACGAUAGGGAUUGGAACCCACAUGGGCAGAGUGAUAAACGCCAGGAGGAGGAGGAGGAAGAAGAAGAAAAGAUCCCAAUUCACGAUCCUGCUGAAGAUAAAACCACAGUCGAUGUAGAAUAUGAGCGCAGUGCCAUCGAGUCUGAAAGAAUGAUUGAUGUCGAAUAUGACGAAGAGGACUCUGGCGGCGAGGAAGAGGAAGACUAUCCAUUUCUCGGCUUUGACUUGCAUCUUUUGGACAAGCCAGAUCAACGUAUUUUAAAGAGGUUCAUCCAAAAGAAACUCUCGGGUAAAGACGUUCUCGACCCACGAAUCGUUCUAUCGAUUAAGGAUGUUUGGACCAUGCAUCCAAAUGACCGAUGGGCACUGUAUCAUGUGUGGAUGAAAAGCUAUCUAGAAAUGUUGAACGGAAAGUUACCAUCUUAUGAACUCAAAUUCAAGCAACUUUGUGGACAGCUCGAUGAGGCAAAAGAUGUAGAAAAAUACCAUGUUCUUCGAGAGGCGACUAUAAUUGGCAUGACUACAACUGGAGCAGCUAAUCAUCAACAGGUUCUACAGAGAGUCAGACCAAAGAUCGUAGUUGUAGAGGAAGCUGCUGAGGUACUUGAGGCACACAUUGUCACAGCAUUGAAUGCGUCAUGUCAACAACUCAUUCUUAUUGGAGAUCAUCAGCAACUUCGACCAAAACCGAAUGUGUAUCUAUUAGCUAAGAAGUAUCACCUGGACGUAUCAUUGUUUGAAAGACUCAUCAACAAUGAAUUCCCCUACUCUCAGCUUGAGCUCCAACAUCGCAUGCGUGUUGAGCUAUCUGAUCUAAUGAAAAGGCACUUCUACGACAAUCUUCACGACCAUGAAAGUGUAAAGCAAUACGACAGUGUCGAAUCAGUCCAAAAGGAUAUCUUCUUUCUAGAUCAUGCAGAACCAGAAAAUGAGAUGGAAGAUACACAAAGUCACUUCAAUCUCCAUGAAGCCAGAUUCAUUGUAGCUUUGUGCUACUACUUUCUGCAGCAGGGGUAUGAACCUGGUAAGAUUACAAUCUUAACAGCCUAUACCGGUCAGCUGCUGAAAAUAAAGCAAAUGAUGGAUCGUAGCAAGUUUGAAGGAGUCAAAGUAACUUCAAUAGACAAUUACCAGGGAGAAGAAAAUGACAUCAUCCUACUUUCGUUUGUGAGGAGUAACAACCAUGGACAUAUUGGAUUCUUGGGGAUUUCCAACCGAGUCUGUGUUUCCCUAUCAAGAGCGAAGAAAGGAUUGUACUGCGUUGGAAACUUCACCCUCUUUGCAGAAAAGAGUGAACUAUGGAGAGGAAUCGUAAAUGAUCUAAAAUCAUGGGGAUAUAUUGGUGAUUCCUUGACACUGCAGUGUAGCAAUCAUCCGGAUGAAAUGACGUCGGUGAAAACCGAUGAUGACUUCAAGAAAGUACCUCUAGGUGGAUGUAACAGAGACUGUGAAACAAGAUUGAACUGUGGGCACGUUUGCCGAUUGAAGUGCCACCCUACCGAUCUGGACCAUCUGAUAUACAAAUGUAAAGCGCCCUGCUCCAAAGUAAUCUGUGAAAGAAACCACACUUGCCCAAAGCGCUGCUCAGACCUUUGCCCAACCUCCUGUUCAGUAAAGGUGGAAAAAGAAUUACCUUGCCAUCACUGGUGUAACACUGAAUGCAUGACGGAUAUUUGGUCAAUCGUGUGUGAGGAAAUGAUCGAAAAAACUUUGACUUGCUCACACGUUCUUAUUCUUCCAUGCCACAAACCAACCGCGGGACUUGAGAAGAAGUGUGAAGUCAUCAUCACCAAGAAAUUGGACUGCGGGCACAAAAAGACAGAGAAGUGUAAUGGAAGCGGGCGAUGCGAUGAAUUAGUCUUGAAAGUUCUGGAAUGCGGCCACUCCUGUGAAGCAAAGUGUCAUAAAGAUCCAAAGAACAUCAGAUGUGAAGUAAAUGUUGAGAAAACACUACCAUGUGGACAUACACACACUCUUCUCUGUUCUGCAAGUAUUAGAGAUUUGUUGUGCAACACGAUUACCAGAAAAAUUCUUCCAUGUGGACACGAAAUCAUUGAAAAAUGUUUUCACAAUUCUAAAUGCCCAGAACUUGUCGAGAAAACAUUGCCCUGCGGUCACAAAUUGGAGGUGACGUGUUCGACUGAAGUUGAUGCAGUGGUUUGCGAGGCAAAGUGUAGUAAGAAGCUUCCAUGUGGCCACAAUUGCAAGAAAAAGUGUGGAAAAGACUGCACGGAGAUCUGCAAAGAGAAGAUCACCAGGCAUGACUGGCCCUGUGGUCAUGAAGUAAAGGUGAGGUGCUGCGAUGGACCAGAUGAAUGCCCCUUCCCUUGCGAUGAGAUGCUAAUAUGUAGACAUAGAUGCAAAGGGACUUGUGGGGAAUGCUCUCACGGUCGUUAUCACCUUCCCUGCAAAGAGACAUGCAAGAAAAGGCUCAUAUGCGGACACGAAUGCGCCCUCAAGUGUGGAGCACUGUGUCUUUCCUGUAAGAAGAAAUGUCUUCGGCGCUGCCGUCACUCGCAGUGCAAACAUCCUUGCAAUGAGCCAUGUGAACUUUGUAUGAAGCGAUGCAACUGGAAAUGUAAUCACUACGAGUGUAAGAAGCUGUGCUUCGAGCCUUGUGACAGACCUCCAUGUAACAAGCCCUGCCCAAAGAAGAGAAAAUGUGGUCACCCUUGUAUUGGUCUGUGUGGUGAAAUCUGCCCAAACAAAUGUCGCAUCUGCCACAAAGAUGAUUCGGCGCUUCGCUUCUUUGGGACGGAGAAUAUAGAAACGUCAAGAUACAUUCAGUUAGAAGAUUGUGGACAUUGUUUCGAGGUAGAAGGGCUAGACAGGUUCCUUGGACUUGGCACAAAGACCGAUACAACAGAUGGCUUUACCAAAUUAUCGGUAAAAGCAUGUCCAAGAUGUGAAAAACCCAUUCAGCUAAGCCGUCGUUACACCAAUCUCCUUAAGGAAUCACCAACAAUCAAGCAUCGGAUCAUCGAAAAGCUAAAGGGUGCUGGCAAUGAAGGGCACACACACCUCUAUGAUAAAGUUAACACGUCCGUUUCAUUGGCGCGUGAAACAAUUCUGGUUCUCAUAACCAAGCCUGCCUCAAGUAUGAUGUCACUUUUCACGAAUUUGAGGAGUACUCAUUCAGCGAUUGACCGCCCAUUCGUCAAGGAACUUCGAAAUCUACUACAGGCUGCGGCAGAUGAACUUGUCGUUCGUGUCAACAUGGUCAAGGAUUCCCCGAGUACACUAGUACUUCAGCGCGAGAGCGACCUCUGGAAAGAGACGCAUCGGGUAAAAAUCAUGUGUGACUUAGCCAAGGUAUUGAUAAAUAACCCAACUCAGACAGAUGAUAUACCCAGACUGAUUGUUUUCCUUAAACUGGGCAAGGAUAUGAACUUGGCCCACUCCCUUCUCAAGGAUAUUAGCAGGGCGAACGGUUACAGUCGUACUCUUACUGAACUGACCGCUUUCAAACCCAACUCGUCUCUUUCUCUCGACGCAUCCAUGUGGUUCGUAUGUACCAGUGGACAUCCCGUUCCGAAUCGCAAAAUCAGGAAGGGAUCUUGCGAUGAUUGCGCCAGGAAACUGGUCGAGGAAACAACACUUGCAGAGGCUUCUUCCAAUGCAGAUCAUCAUGGUUAUCGAAGACAGAAUGUAUCCGGCCAACGGGGUUUUCAUGACCAGCAUAUCCAGCGGGGUAGGGGACGAGGGCGUGGAAGGAGAGGCCGAGGAAGGAGAGGUGGACAAAGAGGGGGCCGCGGUCAAAGAAACUACAACCCGUUCUUUCUUUGAAACAUGCAAAUUGCGGUGUAAACUUUCAUUUGGGACUUUCUGAUAUUUUAUGAAUUCAUCACGAGAUGUAUUCUGUUAAAACCUAGAAAACUUUAUACGAAUUAGAAUUCUACUAAACCUUACAAUGGAUGGUUUAUUGGGCAGUGGAAUUCACGCUAAGGCAAAUUAUUGUCUAAAUUCGGUUGAAUUUAUGGUUAUGUUGAUUUUGAAUUCAAAGUACAAUAAUCAGGUGCCAGGCAUACUGACGUAAUGUAUCUCACUACUCAGAUAAUGCUAGCGCGAAGCGUGUGCUGAAAUUUUUCGAUAUUCAAAAUUUUAUAAUCAUGAUACGUACCUGUCUCGCUA